CAAGCCGUCACAAUGUAGUCUUUAAUAAAAUAUCAGUCGUGAGCUCGUUCCGAGCUCACCGUGGAUUAGUCUCGAUCAAUCAAUCGAUCGAGGAUACCACGUAAAACUCGUUGUCCCGUGUUAUUUUCAAUUCCGCAUCAUCAAAUUCUACAUGGUAUCAGAGCGAAACUCGAUCCUUGAUUAGGGUUUUGCGCUUCCGUCUGUUUGCGUCCUCACAUCAACAAUCAAGGGUUGUCCGUGUGGCGUUCCUGUUCCGGGCUGAACUCGUCUCCGUCCCCCGUCCAGGCUCAUCGCAGCUUGUAGCUUCUGUCGCCGACGAGUUCAUCGCCCGUCAAAGACGGCGUUCUCCGCCGCAGGAAGAGCCAAGUCUUCAUCUCAUCAGAGAUGUCCGCUUCCGACGCCCGGUUCGUCAAGGGCAAGAAGAAGUCCAUGCUUAGCCAAUAGCUAGCACUCUGUUUCAGCUCUCCAUCCAGUCGCGGUCUCCACCAGACGGCUCGUCACCUCAUUCUCCAGCCCUCCAGCGAUGCUCGCGAAUUCCAUAUCCGUCGCCGAGUCCGUCAAACGUCCGAGCGAAUAUAUGGUGUCUUCGUCAAAUUCUACAUGGUAUCAGAGCCUAGAACCGAAAGGUCAUGUGUUCGAAUCUCCACGACCCCCAAUAUUAACCGUUGUCUUUCAAGCACAUGGUAUGGUGGGCCUGUGCAAAUUUCAAGCCCGUGAGUUGGCUUUCGUUUGAGGGGGCGUGUUAGAGAAUGGUAUAAGAUCCAGCAUAACCUUCUCCCAACAACUCGAGUGAUUGGGAUCAACUAGUUCUUGACAUGGUAUCAAAGCAUGGUCUAUUCAAGCAUCGUCGGCAUCUCCUGAAUUGCCGGCGAACCGAAGCUCAUCGCCUAGCCUCGCAUCGCCGGAAGAUCACUGGUCUGUCCAUUAAUCACCGUCGCUUCCACCCGGCUGGUGGCGCUACCACUCAGGGGGAGUGUUGUGAAGCCGGACCUCGUCGCACAGUCAACAGUGGCCUCCUCAUCACCGGCUUUCGUCAUCAUCUACCGCCGUCGCCCAUCAGUGUCUGCAGUAUCCUCACAGUCGCCACCCAUGUCAGCGACCGCGGCGUCUUCCGUCGUUGCAAGAAAGUACCUGUCACUGCUGCAACUUCAUCGAAGGCUCGUCACCAGCCGACCCUUUGCUCACAGCCUAUUGUUGAGUGUCGUUGCUUUGUGCAGCUCAAAGUUCCGGCUACGUACAAUUCCAAUGUUUUGCAGAGAAGCAUUGUUAUUGUUGCGGCCCGGUCGUCUUCAUCAAGCAUUCACGGCUAGCCCAUUGAUUCCGUUUUGCUUAAUUUCAAAGGAGAGAAGUAGGAGUUGGUCAGGUCAAAGAAAUUACAUGGUCAACAAUGGAAGUGUUUUGCCUUAUCUUCGUGGUUGAAAUUGUGUGCCUUGUUCCAGUUGUCGUCAUUAGUCGGAAUAUCAGCAAUGUCAUGGCAGUGAAGACACUAAUGGUCGCUCCUUCAGUAGCCAGUCAUGAUCAAGUCAUAGAGGCAGUCACGAUCAAGGAAGCGAUCGUCCCCUCAAUGUCCAGAAUCAGCCAUAGUCUUGAUCAUUCAAACUUUCAAGCUGGGCAUUCACUAUGUUCAUGCUCAGCUUGAGGGGGAGAAUAGGGAGUCAACAUACGUCGGUCGACUAGCUCAGUCAUCAAGUCGACCGCGAUGUACCAACUCAGUCACGUUGCUUGGAGAAGCACGGUCAGCAGUGCAUUUAGAAGUCUCCAAAGUCAGCAACACAGUCAUCAGUCUCAUCCAAGACGUCAAGGAAUUCCGCCAUGCUGAGUUCAUUGUCAAAGAACUGGGUCAAGCAUGGAGUAGGAUCAGUCUCAUCCACGACGUCAAGGAGUUUCGCCAAUGCUGAGUUCAAUGUCAAAGAACUGGGUCAAGCAUGGAGUAGUUUCGUCAUUUGUCUACCUCUCCCACAAGUGAACAAAGUCACCGCCUGUUGGAUCGUCAUUGCCAGCAAGAGGUUGUUUGAGUGUUGUUCAGCUUCAAGCUCGACAUUCUUGUCAUUCAUGUCUUCGCUUGAGGGGGAGUGUUGAGGAUAUUAAUUACUUAGUCAAAAUGUAAUUAAUUCCUUGUCCAACAAGUCCCUUGUUUCCUUGUCCGGGUAAAAGAGGGAACUUGGUUGUCUUUAGGGUUUUAACCUUAAGUCUAUCUCUAUAUAAGCUUAGCUACGAACAUGUCGUAAGCAAGCCGUCACAAUGUAGUCUUUAAUAAAAUAUCAGUCGUGAGCUUGUUCCGAGCUCACCGUGGAUUAGUCUCGAUCAAUCAAUCGAUCGAGGAUACCACGUAAAACUCGUUGUCCCGUGUUAUUUUCAAUUCUGCAUCAUCAAAUUCUACAUCUAACAAUUUGAAUUACUACAUCAGUUUAUUCUCGGCGUAGUACCGAACUUUUGACUAAGUAGUUUUUUUAUAUGUUCGGAUGCUCGACCAACCUUUAUUUGACACCAAGUUGGGUUUGGUGCACGGGCUUAUCAAAAAGAGGUGAAGAUAUAACGAACAUAUCUAUGAAACUCAUGAUCUUCCCAGAAUAUUCAGUUGGAAGUUGCACACGAGCUAGGAGGUGAGAAAGCAAAGGGUAACUUUCAUUGAUGUCAAAAGAUCGAUUCCAUUAGAAGAACUCAGAAUCUUUCAUAUUCUUAUCUCUACAACUUUCUACAGUCUUUGUCUCUCUGCUUUCUGAAUGAUGCCAAUUCGUUUACCCGAGUUUACUUUGAAUGAUUUGAUAAUCAUCUGUUCAACUCUCUGCUACUGAUGCUGUUAAAUACUCAAGCUUUUUGCAGAGAGGGACUAGAUAGCUAGCUAGCUAGCUACUUGUAAGUUGGAUCGAUGCCUCCCUUUCUGUAAAACGGCAAUGACACUCUGUUGAGGGAAUGGCAUAUGUACACUACCUCAAAGUAGUAUUAAACAUUCCUCUCAGUGGUGAGAUUCUUCUAUGCAUGCUUUGACAUUAAACUCGAACUAGAAAAAUAUUUGACACUAUUCUACAUAGAAAGAUAGAUGUGUAUAGUGGGAUUGAUGGGAAAGAAAAGGGUUAUCACAUCACGAAUAUUAUUUGCUAGAAAGCACUUGGAAUUUUAUUUUAUAGGAGCAAAUUAAAGAACUUCAACAUGUAUAUAAUUAUGUGGUUUCAAUUUCAAAGAGUUAGGAGGAAUUAAGCCAAUUAGAAUGAAUUAAGAAAAACAAA